AUGACGCUACUCAUUAAUCCACGUCGCCCCGAGAAGGUGCAUCGCUACAAACCCGUCGACUCGGCCAACCAAGGUGCUGGAGUAGGGGAUGAUUUGAUGCCAGAUUACAUGAAUAUCCUAGGAAUGAUAUUCUCAAUGUGUGGGUUGAUGAUGAAACUGAAAUGGUGCGCCUGGUUGGCGCUGUACUGUUCCUGUAUUAGCUUUGCUAACUCCCGGAUUUCAGACGAUGCCAAACAGGUGCUGUCCUCGUUUAUGCUCAGCGUAAGCGCAGUAGUGAUGUCGUACCUCCAGAACCCCACACCGAUGACACCGCCCUGGCAAGCGGUGUAG